AGUGAAAUGCUAAGCAAUACGAGUAUUCGCUGUUGCUGUGCAAGCGGUGAUAAUUGCAAGUGUUCGUAUAUCAAAUAUAAACUAAAAAUGCUUUCUUUAUGCAUAAAAAUGUAACGUGUUUGCGUAUCCGAAUAUAUAGUAGCCAACAAAAACUUAAAAUAUCAAUUGAAUUUACAAAUCAACGUAAUUUGAUAUAUGCUCAAUAUUUUACGUUUCAAAUUCACUCGCUAAAUUUGAUAAACGAACUACUUAAUGUACUCGUUGAAAUGCCAGCGCUGACAGAUGUUAAACGAGCAACCUGCCAUUUGCCGUCUGUUUUUGACUUUUCCUGUCAGUUGAUUAAAGUAACGCGAUAAUAACACACCACUAAAUUCUAGUAGUGCAUUGCUUGUGUGAACAUUUUUUUUGUUGUAAAGCAAUUUGAAUUGAGCAAUAAUAUUUAAACGCCAUAAGACUAAUAAAAAAAUUGCUAAUUGGUUAAAAUAUUCGCUUACUAAAACAAAGUUGUACAAUCGUUUACUAAUAACAAAUCAAACUAAUUUAGCAAACGCGCAACACUUCUUGCUAUUAGCCAGUACAUAGAGGAAGCAGGUAUCGACACAUACAUGCGCUUGUUAUGGCGUCCACUGGCAAAUAAUCGAAGCGAAUUAUUAAAUAAAAUGUGAUAUUAAUGUGCAAGAAAUUGGCAAAAAAAGAAAGGAAUGAGUUGAGUGCUUGUGAAAAUAUUGUAAAAAUUAAAAAAUAUAUAUGAAAAAAUAUUGUGACUUGUGUGUUGAGUUAAUAGUUUUUCGCUUUGCUUUGUACAAGUGAAGGAAUUUGGCGUCGGUGCCGAUUUGCGGAUCGUUGUGGUAAAGCAGGCAUACAAGACAACAGAUAUUUGGUAAACACCAACGCUGACCAAUAGCAAGUAUUGUAUAGUCUAUGCGAAUACAAUAACGUAAAGCGAAUGCACAUAGUAAAUGUAUGUAAAUUGCUGCCGUAAAAUCAACUGAAUAUUAUAAAUUCACGAAGGAGUCGACAUUUAUCACAGUAAAGUACGCCGAAAUGCCACGAAAUGGCUGUGAGGCCAAUGGAGGCGUUGCAAACGAUGGUUGCGCUUAUCCCGAUGAGCUGAUCAUGGAGCAGGGCGUCUCCUUCAAUGUGCGGUACACCGGCUGUGUGGAGGUGAAAACUUCAAUGAAAUUGUUGAACUUCGAAACGAGAACCAAAGUUGCGCGUGAAUGCAUCAAUCGUGUUUGUGAAGCGGCUGGCCUCAAAUCGGCCGGCAAGCGGCGUGUAGACAAGAAGAUACUGCACUAUAUCUCCGAUCGGCCGCACAUGCAGAAUGCCGGCACAAACGUCAUCAUCAACGUGUCGAGUCGUGCGCUGGAUUUGGUAAACGCUGAGACGGGCCAACGCAUAGCCAGUCACAAUAUGCCACACAUAUCUUUUGCAUCCGGCGGCGAUUCGGACACUUUGGACUUUCUGGCGUACAUCGCCAAGAAUGAGGACGAGUGGCGUGCCUGCUACGUGCUCGAGUGCAUCGGCGGACAGAGUGAAGACUUAAUAUUGACAAUCGGCAAAGCGUUCAUGUUGCGCUUUAAUGCAAUCAAACACUUGAAAAGCCAAGCUGUUUUGAACCUCAACACACCUGCGGAGAAUAGCAAAGACUACUACAAUGACUUGCCCGACAAAUUACCGCCGGACUUGUUGAGCGAGAACGAUCUGCCACCGGAAUUGCAAAAGCAAUUGCUGCUGCAGCAUCAACAGCAACAGCAGCAAACACAAUUACCUCAACACAAAGUGGGACAGCUGAACUUGAAGAAACCACGCGAUCGUCUUAGCAGUAAUCUCAUAGAUCUAAAUAGUCCACCGCCAGAUCAGACUACCACCAAAAUGAAUCUCAGCAAUUUCGACCCAAUGGCCGAUACAGAGGGCGCUUGUGCGCUACCACAAGCACCCGUGCGUGAUGUGUUCGAUAUGCAACCCUUUUCGCUCUCCGCCGAAGUGCAGCGUUCACAACUUAACACCGAACUGUGGUUCCAUGCGGGCAUUAGUCGACAAAUUGCCGAGGGUAUGCUCAAAAAUGACGGCGAUUUUCUGGUACGCGAAUCUCAGGGUAAACAUGGUCAAUACGUGCUUACCGGUUUGGAGGUGAAAACACCCAAACAUUUGUUGCUAAUCGAUCCCGAGGGUGUGGUGCGUACUAAAGAUCGCAUUUUCGACAGUAUCAGCCAUUUGAUAAACUAUCAUUGGGCUAAUGCAUUGCCGAUUAUUUCCGAAGAUUCGGAAUUAGUAUUACGCAAUCCCGUAUUGCGGCAAUCGGCCGCGCAACAACAACAACAACAAACAGCAAUUGCAGCGCAUCAUCAUCACCACACACAGCAACAACAACAGCAACAUGCACAUCAUGCGCGUCCAGUUGUAAAUUCUUGAUGAGCCCCAACGUGAGCUUGGCUAAAAUAUUGAGAUUCUUAUUGAUUUAGUACAUACGUACAUACACAUAUAUAUAUAUAUAAUAGUAGAUAAUAAGUAGUUAGUUUUAAGUUACACGCAACGUGGACAAAACGUGAAAAGUGUCUGUAUCACAGUGUAUUUUGUAUGUGUAGUGGUAUUUGCAUAAUUUAAUGUUUUUACUAAUUGCUUUCAGUUGUAUUUUAGUUGCUGUUUUUAUCAUUUUACUUUCCAUAAAUUAAACGCACAUUUGUUAGUAUUUUAUUUACAAAAAAAUAUAUAUAUAUUUUCUUUUUAUUUUAUAGUUAAUGAUGUUGUAAUAAAUUUUGUGUAUUUAUAUUUAUGUAAAUUUUGCAUUUUGAGUCGAUUAUGACUGUCUGUCGGUAUAUACGCGAAUUAGUUCCUCAGUUUUUGAGAUAUCGAUCCGAAACUUUGCACACAUCCUUUUCUCCCCAAAAAGCAGCUCAUUUGUCAGAACCGCUGAUAACGGACCAUUGUGGCAUAUAGCUGCCAUACAAACUGAACUAUCGGAAAAAAGUGCUUGUGUGGAAAGCUUUUUCAUUUCACGAGAUAUCUCCAAAAAAAUUUGCAUGGGUUAUUUUCUAAGGCAACAAUGUAAUCUACGAAAAAAUUGUUCAAAUCAGAUCACUAUAGCAUAUAGCUGCCAUACAAACUGACCGACCCAAAUCGAGGUAAAGAUCAUUUUAUAUCGGUUUAUGCUAUGAGAAAUUUAUUGAGGUAUUAUAGGAAGUUAACGUUUUUUUUAAAUUUUUUUGCUUUGACUAACGAGUUUUUGAUUUGCUAUGAUAGAUAUGUAUCUUUUUUCUUCUAACAACUUUAUGUACUUUUUUUUUUGAAAUUUAUAUACAUAUGUAUAUAUUAUGGAGACCCCAUUUGCUAGCUUUUUCGAUUAAUACAUGCAUACAUAUCCCGCUUCAAAGCUCAAACAAACCGGAACUGACACAAUCUUGAGCUUAAAAAUAAGUAUAUAUUUAUACUUUUACAUAUACAUAUAUUUAUAUAGGUACAUAUUUUGUAAACUUAGCUGUAUGUAGACUAACAUAAUUUAAUACAAACAUAUUUACAUAAAAACUGCAUAUUUAAAACUGAAUGCAUGGCAGUUUUUUUUUCAUAAAAACGCAUUGCGAAGGCUACAGGAAUUCAUAGUUUAUAAAUUCUAUACAUAUAGACGUAGUUUAUCACUGCAACACUUUUAUUAACAAUUUUAUACCAACAGAAAAUUAAAAAUUUAUACAUAAAUAUUUGCAGGAGUAUGUGCAGGGUUGCAUUAAAAAAUAAUUGAAUUACCAAUUGAAAUAAUUUUUUUUUUUUAUUUUGAAAUCCCAAAUACGGGAUUAACAUUUAAAAAAAAAAAAAAAAAAUGUUUAACUUCGUAAUAAAAAAAAUUUGAAUCCCAAAAACCGAAUUAAACAUUUAUUUUUGAAUUUUUUAUUUUAAUCCCAAAUACCGGAUUAAAAAAUUAAUAAACAAAAUUUUAAUCUCAAGCAUAUAAUUAAAAAUUAAAAAAAUAAUUUUUUUUAGAAUUAAAUUUUUUUUUUUCGUUUAUUCAAAUCAAAAAAUAAUAUUUUCAGUUUGUCUAGCAACAUCGGAAUUAAAAAACGAAAAUCAAAAUUUUUAAUCCAAGUAUCGGUAUUUAAAAAUAAGAAUAUAAUUUUUAAUCCAAAAUUUUUUAAUAAAAAAGUGCAACUGCACAUGUAUAUUUAUGAACAUUCGCAUUUAAGAAUAUUCCGAUUCAAAUGCUUAAGAAAAAAUCAUAAUAUAUAAAUUUGUAUAUAUUUAAUAUACAUUUAUAUAUAUAUAUAUAUAUAUAUAUAUAUAUAGUAUAAAUACGAGUUUGCACACAUUUAAUAAUAGAUCUGUACAUACUAUUUUUCAAUAAGAAAAUUUAAGGAAAAAAAAUAAAAUUCUGCUUAAAAGCAUAUUCAUAUCAAAUUAUAAGUUAUACAUUAAUCAAAUAUAUAUAUAUAUAUAUCUGCAUAAUUAGAUGUAUUUUCCUAAAAACCAUUUCCUAGUAAUUAUUUAUCAAACCUGCAGCUUCAAAUUUUAAUUUUUUUUGAAAUUUUCAAAAUUUGUUAUUUCUCAUAUAUGCACAUACAUAUGUUACCUAUGUAUAUUUUAACAAAUAUAAUGCUGUAAUAAUGGCUGAGCAUUAUACUUAAUUCAUUUGUCAAGUUGAAUAGUUGUGUCAUCUCCUUAUAUGCGUUUUUAUGUUAUAUUAUAUAACCAACUCUCCAAAUUGCCUUAUUUACCCGGUAAAUAUGUUGAUACCUCAAAAAUGAACAGUUUUAAUGAAUUUACGCUAAAAAACUUAAUUAAGCACAUAUUAUCCGACUAUAUAAAAUAUAUAGAUUUAAUAAGCAUUGUAGAUGUAUACAUGCAUAUGUACAUACAUAACAUACAUAGUAUUAUUCAUUAGUACAUAUUAAUUAUAACUAUAAAUAUAAUACUUCUAAUAUACUAUACAUCAUAUACAACACACAUAAGUAUGCCAGUACAUACAGCAAUACAUACAUAUGUAAGUAGAGAAAGAGGAAAGUAGAAAAUAAAGAAAUCAAUUUUCAAUCAAAAAA